CCUCGCCCUUCUCCCCGUUUGAAGGCUUCCCCAAGUCCUCCACCAUCGACUUCAGCACCGUGGGGGGCCACGGGGGGCCCCCCUCCUCGUCAACGCAGCAGGGGGCCCAUGGGGGCCCCCCCGCCUCGUCGUUGCAGCAGGGGGCCCAAGGGGGGGCCAACGCCGACCGCUACGCGGCGCUAGCCGACCUGGACAACCUGUUUGGAGCAGGGCCGGCGUCACAGGGUGCGGAGGGCAGCCGCGCCUCCCAGGCUGCCCCAGCCGGAGACCCCUUCACUUCCGGGUCAAAAGCAAGCCACGGAUUCACGUCAGCGGCCACGCCGUUCGCUUCCGGCGCUGCCUCAGGGCACGCCUUCACUUCCGGAGCGACAGGAAGUCAGGCCUUCACUUCCGGGGCGACAGGAAGUCAAGCGUUGUUCACUUCCGGGGCGACAGGAAGUCAGGCGUUCCCCUCUGACGCGCAGAGCUUCCCCGCGGCCACGAGAGUGAAUCCCUUCCAGACGAACGGGUUUAUCGGGGCGGCUGAUGCGUUUGCUUCCUCAGUGACUGGACUCCCAGUGCAACCACAGCAUCAACAGCAGCAGCAUCAUCAGCAGCAUCACAGCAACUUCCCUGGGCAGCAGGCCUCCUUUCAAGGGCAGCAGAUGGCGUUUUCAGGGCAGCAGCAACAUCACCAGGCCUCCUUCCAAGGGCAACAGAGCUCUUUUCCGCCAGGGCAGCCACACCAACAGGGUGCCUUCCAGGGGCAGCAGACCUUCCAGGGGCAGCAGGCCUUCCAGGGGCAGCAACAGCCGCAGCAGCAUCCGAGCGCCUUUCAAGGGCAGCAGACCUCAUUUCCAGCGCAGCAGAGUUUGUUUCCUGGGCAGCAGCAGCAUCAUCAGCAGCAUCAGCAGCAUCAGCAGCAUCAGCAGCAGCAUCAGCAGCAGCAGCAGCAUCAACAGCAGCAUCAACAGCAGCAGCAUCAGCAGCAGCAGCAGAGUAACUUUCAAGGGCAGCAGCAGAGUUCAUUUGCGGGGCAACAGGGAUUUUUUCCGGCGCAGCAAAGUGCGUUCCCGAAGCCAGCCGGAAUGUUUCCGGGCCAAGGCGGAUCCUUUCCCGGAGCCGCUCCAUCGAUUCCGUCUCUCCCGGGGACGUACCCGGCUCACCCCGCCUCCUACGGGCAGCAGCCUCCGCCGUACCACGCUCACCAGGCUCCUGCUCGCCAAGCUCCUGCUUCCCAGCAGGCUGCUCACCAGGCGGCAGCUCCUCAUCCCCACCACGCUGCACAGGGUCAGCAGAACGGCACUGGAGCCGCCGGGGCCUUCGGACAACUUAAACCAACGGCCACCUCGAUGGCAACCAAUCCGUUUGUGUCCAACUUUGGGCAGGGACCAAAUCAGUCAAGCAGUGGAGCUACGAAUCCCUUCCUUUAGCUGCCCCUGCUGCUUCCCAGUGCCCUGCUGAGGUCGGGUCGCCUGCGGAGGUGCAGUGAGGGCAGCAGGGCACUCGCCCUCCCUGCCGCCGUCCCCCACCUCCACUGGCACGCACUGACCAGCGUGGGGAAGUAUGGUCAAAUGGCCCCCGCCACCCAUCCUGCAUUGGAUUGACAAGACAAACUGCACGUGCUCAUCACUGCAACACUCAUCACUGCAACACGCAUCACUGCAACACUCAUCACACUCAUCACUGUAACACUCAUCACACUCAUCACUGCAACACUCAUCACACUCAUCACUGCAACACUCAUCACACUCAUCACUGCAACACUCAUCACACUCAUCACUGCAACACUCAUCACACUCAUCACUGCAACACUCAUCACUGUCCCACUCAUCACUGCAACACUCAUCACACUCAUCACUGCAACACUCAUCACACUCAUCACUGUCCCACUCAUCACUGCAACACUCAUCACACUCAUCACUGCAACACUCAUCACACUCAUCACUGCAACACUCAUCACACUCAUCACUGCAACACUCAUCACUGCAACACUCAUCACACUCAUCACUGCAACACUCAUCACACUCAUCACUGCAACACUCAUCACUGCAACACUCAUCACACUCAUCACUGC